AUGGGAGGAUUUGGCUAUCGGCAGCAGCUUGUUCUAGGGAUGCGACCUGGUGGAGGUCCUAUGCCGAAUUUCUUUGUGCCAAUGGUCCUGCAAGGUCAGCAGGGACAGCGCCCUGAUGGGAGACGUGGAGCAGGUCCUGUUCAACAAACUCAACAGCAAGUGCCUCUGAUGCAGCAGCAAAGUACCAAAUUACCAAUGCCGGGUAUUGCUGGAAGCAUGCUCUCUGUUCCGUAUGACAUGGGUGGCAUGGUUCCUCGAGAUGCCGCAAUGGGACAGCCUAUGCCAAUUACUGCCUUGGCUUCUGCCCUUGCAAAUGUACCGGUUGAACAACAGAGGACGAUGUUGGGUGAAAAUUUGUAUCCACUUGUGGAUCAGCUGGAGCAUGAGCAUGCAGCCAAGGGAGGAUUUGGCUAUCGGCAGCAGCUUGUUCUAGGGAUGCGACCUGGUGGAGGUCCUAUGCCGAAUUUCUUUGUGCCAAUGGUCCUGCAAGGUCAGCAGGGACAGCGCCCUGAUGGGAGACGUGGAGCAGGUCCUGUUCAACAAACUCAACAGCAAGUGCCUCUGAUGCAGCAGCAAAGUACCAAAUUACCAAUGCCGGGUAUUGCUGGAAGCAUGCUCUCUGUUCCGUAUGACAUGGGUGGCAUGGUUCCUCGAGAUGCCGCAAUGGGACAGCCUAUGCCAAUUACUGCCUUGGCUUCUGCCCUUGCAAAUGUACCGGUUGAACAACAGAGGACGAUGUUGGGUGAAAAUUUGUAUCCACUUGUGGAUCAGCUGGAGCAUGAGCAUGCAGCCAAGGUAACUGGCAUGCACCUGGAGAUGGACCAGACUGAGGUUUUGCAUUUACUUGAGUCAUCAGAUGCUUUGAAGGCAAAAGUUGCUGAGGCUAUGGAGGUCCUGAGGAAUGUUCAUCAGGCAAACAGCCCAGCUGACCAAUUGGCCUCGCUAUCCCUCCUUGUUUCAUGA